AUGGUCAAUACACAACUAGCCUGCACCGGGCUACCCAAGCUUGGCGGGUCUUCGCCGCGCGACAUCCGUCUGGGGGAUGUACUCGUUGCGCUACCUGAUGGUGACAGUGCUAGGCUGGUUGCGUACGACCUAGGCAAAGAGACGGAAGACGGCUUCCAGUUGCUGAGGGGCGGGCAUGUUCUAGCAGUGACGGAGACGGUGGUGAGAGCAGCGAUUGGAAAUAUACAACUUCGAGCGCCAGACGAUGUUAACCUUGUUCUGCCUUACUAUGAAGCGAUCAAGGACAAGAGACACCAAACUGGCACAUUUAGCGACCCUGGGCAAGAUUUGGACCAACUGUUAUUAAACGAUAAUACGAAGGCGAUAACGGUAGAGCAACGAGAGCACCGACCGGACGAUCAACGGACGCGUAUCUGGUACGGCCUGAUCGGGUCCGGUGAGAAGCUCUUGAAGAAUGCAAAGAAGCGGGACGAGCUGAGAGACCGGUAUAACUUGAUCGGGAUAGAGAUGGAGGCGGCGGGCGCAACGGUAUCGAUUCCGGUGGGGGUGAUCCGUGGAGUGUGCGACUAUGGCGAUGAGCGUAAGAACGAGGAAUGGCAAACAUAUGCGGCGGCGAUGGCGGCGGCAUAUGCGAAAGCCGUUCUGGCGCAGAUUGGGCCGCGUAGUCCAGCCAUUGGUUAGUCAGAGUUUCGAGGAGAAGAAAGCAGCUGCUGAGAAAUCCUUAGUCUAUCACAUCCCGUACAGACGCAACAGAAACUUUAGUGGACGGGAAGUCCAAAUCAACGACCUGAAACGCAUGAUCUUCAUCGAGGGGAGAGAGCGAGUAGCGAUCGUAGGGCUGGGAGGGAUGGGCAAGACGCAAAUCGCGCUCGAGCUCGCGUAUCGUGUUCAAGAGGUAGCUGUGGAUAGUGUGGAGGAGCAACAUUCGGUGUUUUGGAUGCCGGCGCAGAGCUUGGCUGCUUUCCAGCAGGCGGCGAUAGAGGUCAUGCAGAAGCUCAACCUUGGCGUGAGCGACAGCGACAAUACGAAAGAGGCUUUUCGACUGUAUCUUUCGUCAAAAACUGCUGGUUAGUGGCUGCUUAUACUGGAUAACCUGGACGACACGGCCGUGCUAGAUGGCGAGUCGGACCAAUCGGAUAGCCUCCGCGACUUUCUACCACGGAGCCGGACAGGCAGGACACUCAUUACGACGCGGUCAGCUCAGAUCGGCGAAGAUAUGGCAGGCAGCGACGUGAUCGAACUCGAAGCAAUGUCACCUGGAGAGGCGCGGGCACUUCUCGAAAAAUCACUAGAGAGGAAACUUGGAGCCGAGGAUGGACAGAUGACUGCGGACCUCCUAGAAAGACUCACAUAUCUACCUCUGACAAUAGGGCAAGCCGCGGCAUACAUGAAUCGGCGGCGGCUGGCUCUCGCAGCGUACUUGCGACUCUGGACAUCAGCGGAUGAGGGUAUUAUCACGUUGCUUCGCAAACCGCUGCCCGACGAGACACACCACAGCAGGACACAGGGUGCGGUGGCAACGACGUGGAAAGUAUCCUUCGAGGCUAUCCGCAAAGAGAAUGCAGGUGCGGCUCACCUUCUGUCAUUUAUCCAAUGGAUGAACUUUAAGGCUAUUCCGAGAAGGAUGCUGCCAGCAUCGGGGUCGGAGAUGGAUAUGGUGGAGUCGAUUGGGACGAUUUGCCAGUAUGGAUUUAUGAGUUGGCGAGAAGAUGGGGAGACACUAGACAUGCACCAGUUGGUGCAUCUGGUUUUACGGCAAUGGUUCAAGCAAGGAAAUGAAGGAUUUAUGGCGGAGGAGGAUGCGGGAGGGCAUCUGUCGGCAAUAUUCCCGCCAAGUGAUUGGGAGAAUCGACUGGUGUGGCGGCAGUACCUACCGCAUGUCCUGGUUCUAGUGAAAGAAGAGAUGUUAACAAAAGACGAAAGGAUAGUCACUCUUUGGCAUCGGGCUGGACUGUGUUUAGAAGUGGAUGGCCGGACGAAAGAAAGGCUCAAGGUGCUUGAACAGGUUGUGGCUAUUAGGGAGAAGGCAUUGGCGGAGGAUCACCCAAAUCGACUCUCUUCGCAGCACGCGCUCGCACUCGCCUACCGAGCUAAUGGCCAGGUGAAGGAGGCGGUCCAGAUGCUGGAACAGGUUGUGGCUAUUGAGGAGAAGACAUUGGCGGAGGAUCACCCAGAUCGACUGGUUUCUCAACGCGCACUUGCGUCUGUGCGACAAGUUGCAAGCUCAGUCAACACUCCUGAGCAUGAGAAGCCUAGCAGACAUCAUAG